CGAAGCCAUGUGACCAGAACCGUCAUGCGCUUCUGAUGGAGCUGGUGGACGGCACGCUGUUGAACAACAUCACUGCAUUGGGUGACCCGGAAAAGGUGUACAGGCGUUCUUUGGACCUCAUGAUCAAACUGGGCGAGCACGGCCUCGUGCACGGUGACUUCAACGAGUUUAAUCUCAUGAUUACGGAAGACAUGCGCGUCAUUGUGAUUGACUUCCCGCAGAUGGUCUCCACGAACCAUCCCAACGCGGCGGAAUUAUUUAGUCGGGACGUGGAGAAUCUUGCGAACUUCUUUCAUCGGCGAUUCAAAGUGACGACGCUCUUUUAUCCGACGCUUGAAAAGAACGUGGAGCGCAAGGCGGAAUUGGAUCGCGUCGUCUUUGCAAGCGGGUGCUUCAGCAGCAGACAACAGCAGGAUCUUGAGCGUCUUCUACAAACGCAGCUAACGGCCCAAGAUGAGGUUGACAGUGAAGAGGAAGACGGCCAAGAGGAGGAUGAGGAGGAGGCAACGACUCUCUCGGGAAACGCGUCGGUGGAUGUUGUCUCUGCCGGUGGUACAAACGCCUGCGGGGUCCAUGCGGCUGAUGGCAGUGAAGGGGAGGGGCAGGCGCAGCGGCACCCUCCGGGCGAAGUAGGGGAUGAUGACAAUGGCGAGACGAGUAGUGUGGCGCGGUCCCUCGACGAGGUGGUUGACGAGGCGGCUAUUGAACGACGUGGGCAGCGGCAGCAGAAUGUCAACUUCAACCCGGACGGCACCGUCAACGAGGAGUACGUGCGGUCGCAGGUGCGGCGCAACAUUCGUCGCCAAGACAACCACCAGUUUAAUUUGGGCCUUCAUCGCAACGUGCAGAAGGGGCGACAGAAGCAGAAGAUACGGCGUCAGAUCAAACAAGGGAUGAGCAACGGCUUUUUUGACUGA